AAAGUCAAACUGUAAAAUAUAAAAUUAGAAAAUCAAUCGCUGACCGCUGCAUGCAGCAGAUGGCAACGUUAGUCAGAAUAUCGAGUAAAUGUAUUUAGUUAUAUCGUAAUGCUGCGAACAAAUGCAGCUGUAGUGCACUUUGUUCACAUGGGUCACUUGGCAGUCUGAGAGUACAGCUAAAGUUGAUGUCCAUCUAAUAUUUUUUUUAACUUAAUAAUCUUAUUACUGAAUGAAACAUUUAAUUUUAAUUGCGAUAUUUCCAUGUGUUGAUACAACUUGAUCUUAGAAAAAAAAACAAGAUGUCUCGUUCUUUGUUAAGUUAUGAAACCCUCGUGCACGCUUUAGCAGGGGCUACGGGGAGUGUUGUAGGCAUGACGGUGUUCUAUCCACUAGAUAUACUAAGAUCAAGACUUCAAGUUGAUGAAUCUGACAAGUUAAAAGGAUCGCCAUGGGAAUUGCUCUUGCGUCUUGCAAAUGAUGAAGGCAUUCUUUCAUUAUAUCGUGGGCUGGCACCUGUUUUGCAAUCACUUUCAGUAUCAAACUUUGUUUAUUUUUAUACUUUCCAUGCACUACGAAGAGUAACACCAAAAAGUAAUUCUGCACUUCAAGAUUUAAUGUUUGGUAUUUUAGCCGGAGUAAUUAACGUCCUCAUAACUUCUCCUCUUUGGGUUGUAAAUACCCGGAUGAAGUUAGAGAAAAAUAACUAUGGCAGUCUUGUUGACGGUUUGUGGGAAGUUUAUAAGAAAGAAGGAGUGCGCGGUCUGUGGUCAGGCACAGUGCCAUCCUUGCUUUUAGUUUCCAACCCAGCCAUCCAGUUUAUGGUUUAUGAAACAAUGAAAAGAAAAUUAAUGUCUACUGGUAAUUUUGAUAAUCUUACAGCUUUUAUUGUUGGUGCAUUUGCUAAAGGUGUGGCAACAACUUUAACUUAUCCCCUACAACUUGUACAGUCUAGACUGAGGGCUGGUACUAGUAUCAAACCCUUAUUAAAAGAUAUUAAAUCUAGACCCUCAAUAGCAUUCCGUGGUCUUGAAGCCAAGCUUUUACAGACUGUGAUGACAGCUGCUCUGAUGUUUCUCAUAUAUGAAAAGCUUGUCAGAUUAGUUCUAGCAAUUAUGAGAGUAAAAAUGGUAAAGAGACAAUAAGCUUAUCAUUUUAAAGUACUUUAUAGUUUAUCUCAUUUACCUUUUUAGCAAAAACUUUUACUUUUUUAUCUACCCAGUCUCUAAAUAAUUAUUUAUUAAAUCAAUUCUUAGUAUUGUCAAAAACUGCUCCUUAUAUAUUAUAUGUUCAUGCCACUACAAUUUUUUCUUACUGUGAACUUGUCAUGCAAGUCCUGAACAUUAUCAAAUGCCUGUUGUAGAUGUAAGAUUUGGGUUUAAUUAAUUUUCCUUCAAAAUAUAUAUGAUACUUGAUGAAAACAUAUUUGAGAUUGUUUUCUUCACACAAAAACACAAAACAAUUAUUAUUGUUUAAAUCAGGAAUUCUCAAAUGUUCUGUAAAGAAGAAUUAAUAAUAUUGUUUUAUUAUUAUCAAAAAAUGGUUUGACCAAGAAUAAUAUCGCAUUAUAUGGUGUAAUAAUUAGUAUGAUUUAAUAAAUUUUCCUGAAGGUCUAUCUUAUGGUGGCAUAUAAUAAUAUUUACCUUAAUGACAUAAGUUGUGUGAAGUGACUAAUGUUUGCUUUGGACACAAGCUUGUUUUCCUGUACAUAGUCACUAAUGUAUUUUAUUUGAACAUAUUUGUUUAAUUUAUUACUUGACAUGUAAACAUGACAAAGUAAGGUUUUAUGUUUAGUUUGUGCCUGGUUUUUUUUAUUUAUUUUUUAAGACUAUGUUACUUUGUGUAGUAGAAAAUGUUACUAUUUAAUAUUUUAUUGUAAAGUUCUUAUCUUGUAUCUUAUUAUUUAAUUUCUUGGCGGUUCAAGGUCAUUUGCGCGCUGUGCAGUGCCCUCCCUCGCUACAUCUUCAAUUGUGUUCUGUAAAGUCGCACGAAUUUUAGACCCGCAAAAAUGAUAACAAAUACACUAAGUUACCAUUCCAAAGAUGUUUGCCAGUUUUGUAGUUGUAAAGUAUUAUAUUUAUAACUUAGAGUUAAACCUUGCAGUUUCACAAAGGGUUGUUUUUUUUAUUUAUACAUUAGAUUAUAUAAUUAUUAAACUGGACAGGCCAUUAUUGUUGGAAAUAUUUUCAUAACUUAGAGUAGACUGUGUUUAUACAAAUAUGAAUGGUUUAUUAUCCAUACAAUGUUUACUUAUACUGUGUAAAAUGUUAUGCUCUUAUGUCUUUUGUAUUUUUAUUAGUGGGUUGCAAUUAUUUAUUAGAUUAUGUUUGUUGCAAAUCGCAAUAAAAAUUGGGUUAAACAGUAUUGUGAUUUAUAUGGUAAAUAGGAUAUUCUCUCUGUAUUAUUAUGACAUUAUGUUGUAUGUAACAAAACCGUGACAAGAAAAUAC